AGAUGAUCUUGGAAAUAAAAAAGCUAGGAAACAGAUUGAGGAAAAAAAAUCUUCUCAGGAUACUUUCUCGACAUGGGAUAAUAGACGAUUUUUCUCUAUCAUUUCCGAUCGUGAUGCUGGCGAUUCCAAGUCUGCGGGUAUAUCUUCACUAAAGCUGAAACAACCAGGAUUCCAAGACCUCGGACAAGAAGAG